CGCCGUCAGGAGACCCUUCCUACACCCCACGCUCCCACGCGCUCUCUCCCUUUCUCUCUCUUAAAAGACAAUUCCCAUUAAGCUGAGUUCCCAACGUUUCAAAGCAUCAAUAACACAAAGAUGACCGGAUGAGAUUCCUCGUCUAACAACUUUGUUACGGCUGUUUACCCACCCCACGCGCCUCCCCUUUCCACUGCACGCGCCUCCUCUCGCUCUUUUGUUUGUUUUUCUUACGUUUCUUUAUCUCAUUUAUUUUUCUGUUACAUGUAAAUAAAAAAGAUCUGAAGAAUAUCGGACGGCGGACAUUGAGAGUUGAGGUUUUUGAGGCGGCUGAGUUACUUUGGUAAUUUUAAUGAAAGAGGAACGCCAGCUGAUGAUCAGAACAAGAUGGGAGGAGUCACGUCGUCGAUCGCCGCGAAAUUCGCGUUCUUCCCGCCAAAUCCACCGUCUUAUAAAGUGGUAGAGGACGAGUCAUUCGGCGGUCGGCUUUACAUACCGGAGGUACCGAGGAGGGACGACGUCGACGUCCUGAAGCUUCGCACGCGCCGUGGAAACGACAUCGUCGCGGUUCACAUAAAGCACCCGAAAGCUUCCGCUACGCUCUUGUAUUCUCAUGGAAAUGCCGCUGAUUUGGGACAAAUGUUUGAGCUUUUCGUCGAGUUGUGUAAUCGCCUUCGAGUUAAUCUAAUGGGGUAUGAUUAUUCUGGCUAUGGACAAUCAACUGGAAAGCCAACAGAAUGUAAUACAUAUGCAGACAUAGAUGCAGCGUAUAAAUGCCUUAAAGAACAGUAUGGAGUUAGAGAUGAACAAUUAAUAUUAUAUGGUCAGUCUGUUGGUAGUGGACCUACUGUUGAUCUUGCUUCACGUUUGCCAAACUUGAGAGGUGUGGUUCUACAUAGCCCAAUCUUGUCUGGGAUGAGAGUAUUAUACCCUGUCAAAAGAACAUACUGGUUUGACAUUUACAAGAAUAUUGACAAAAUUGGAGUGGUGAACUGUCAGGUUUUGGUAAUUCAUGGAACAGCAGAUGAAGUUGUCGAUUGUUCCCAUGGUAAACAGCUUUGGGAGCUUUGCAAGCACAAGUAUGAUCCUUUAUGGGUAAGUGGAGGAGGACAUUGCAAUCUUGAGCUCUAUCCAGAAUUCAUUAGACAUCUGAAGAAAUUUGUACUGUCCCUAAACAAAUCAAAAGCAGCCACAAAUGGUUCUGAAAAGACAAUGGUAAACUCUGACAAUCAGAGCAAACCAUCUGAGAUUGGAACCUCAGAUACUUUCGAAUUGGGUUCUGAUCUUCCAGAAGUUUCUAGAAACAGUUUAGAUAGUCGACUUGAGAAGUCUAAGAAGUCGAAUAAGCCUGAGAAGUCUCGAAUGAGCACUGACCGUGUUGAUAGGUUUAGGAGAAAGAAGGGCUUAGUUUGGUGAUUACUUACACGAAGAGCAUUUUAAAUAAGUUAUGGGCAUCUAUCCACUUGAGGAGGUAAUUUACUUUUUACUUCUGCUUUGUUAAUGUUGUAUCACAGUCCAGCAUAAGUUAUGGGAUUGAGUGUGAUUUUUCUCAUAAAUGUUAUAAUUUUUCUGUAUGUAUCUUCAGAAAACAAUUAUUACAUUAAAUUCUUCUGUAAACUAUAGCCUCAAUUCUAAAUGAAAAAUAUUGUAGUAGCUUCUGCCAUAA